AUGCAACGGGAGGAUCGACAGCUGAAGAAGAAAGAAGAUGAGCUGAAACAUCUGGAACAGUUUUACAAGGAGCAGCUACAACUGAUGGAGAAGAAGAACACUGAGAUCUAUCAGCAGACUGCACACAUGUACGAGCAGCAGGCGCUUCAAACACAGGCCACUGUUAAGCCUCGUCCCGUGAGUCCCGUCUGCUCUGAGCUGCAGUCGCAGGUGUUGAGCUGCUACAGACUGAACACACAGCAGACGCUGCGCUGCUCACAGCUGGCCAAAGACUACAUCAACUGCAUCAACUCCUCCAAGAAGAACUUGGUGAACCACGGAUGAAGAUGAUGAUGAUGGUGCUGAAGAAGAGGAACAGCAUUAGAGGACGACUGUGUGUGUGUGUGUGUGUGUUUGUGUUGAGCUGAUCUUCAUUUACUGUGAGCAGAUAAAGUCUCUUCAGCGUCUGUUUCUCUCUUCAUUCUCUCAUUACUCUGUCAGCUUUCAGUGACUGUGAAGAGUGUUCUUCAGUCUGAAGCUCAAUCCACUCUGAUGAAUAUGAUUAAACUCAACCAUAACGGAGAUAAUAAACAUCUUUGUCCACUGCUGUGUGCUCUGAGAACAUGUAUUUUCACUGAACAUAAAGCACUAUUUCACUAUA